CAUUACAAAACAAACCCACCAUUUACGAUCUGCCAAUUGCAUCUGCUUUUGGAAUUUUCUCUGCUCUCGUCCAAGACUCUUUUGAACCACAUGAAGACAAUACUAUUUUUCAUUUAAAAAAGAGGGUCUACAAUAAUAUGAAUGGAAAAUCAGAAAUUUUUGAAUCCAAAAAACAACAUCGACAAAUUAAAGACAAAUUCUAUAUAGAAGACAUCUUCAAUACUCAAAAAAACAUCCCAAGAGUUGCAACUGGUUUAAAAAAUAUUAGAGCUUCUAUAAUUAAAGAUUUUUCAAAUGAUAAUAAAAUUGAUACUAUAAACAAACAAAAUAACUUAUAUGUAAAUAAAGAUUGUCACCAGGUAACUGAUAUCCAUGAAAAACAAGACACUAAAGAUCUUGAAGGCUUCAACAAUUCUAUCACUAUUAGUUCUGAUG